GAGUCUUGAACGCCGCGGCCGGGGCGGCCGGGACAGCCGGGGCCGAGGCCGAUGCCAAGGCCACCACCUCGACGACUACGACGUCAUCGUCAUCGCCGUCAUCGUCUGCACCAGCCGCACCACCACUGUUAUUGUUGAGCUGUGGAUGAGGCAAGAUAUUCCUUAUUCCUGAUGGCGUUUCGUUGAAACAGCUCUUUGCCAAUAUCCACGAGUGUUGUCUAAGAUUUGUACGUCAUCAAAACAUUAGCUGUCAUUUUUGUCUGUCAACUCAGCUAAGAUGAGUGUCAAAGCAUAUGAAUUAGUCCCAUCAAUAUCUAAAUUCGCGUCACCUGGUGAUAAAAAUGCGAAGAUUGACUGCAUAGAGUGUUGCGGAAGAUACAUUUUCAUUGGAACAAGUGAUGGCUACAUUUUGAAGUAUAUUGUUCAAGAAACAGGAGUUAAGCACGAUUCUGAUUCACCAUUUUUGUACCAGAAAGAGGGGCAGCAUGCUUUUGACUCUAAAAAGCCGGUACGCAUCAUGAAAGCAGCCUCAGCAUUAGAAAAGCUAAUAGUACUGUGUGAUACUGUUCUAUUCGUCCUGAGCCUAAACAGUCUUGAGGAAACUGGAACCAAAUUAAAAAACAUUCAAACAUUCUGUGUCAAUGAAAAUCCAACAACUUCUGAUCCCUUCCUUGUGCAGAUUUGUGUUGCCCCUGUGUCCAAAAGUCAGGUUGCGGUAUACAACGUUACUAUUGAAGACAAACUUGUUCAGACGACAUCCUACAGUCUACCAGAGCCUGCAAAAAGCCUUGGUGCUGACUGUAGCGUAAUAUGCGCUGCCCUUCGGUCGAAGUAUGUUAUUGUUGACUGUGAUCUGGGCUUGGUGCAGGAUCUGUUUCCAUUUGACAAAGAUGGGUUUGCUUCCUUUAUUUGUAGGGUGGCAAAGGAGGAAUUUUUGGUCAGUGGUCCAGAUGGCCUGGGGAUCUUUGUAUGUUCUGGUGGUACCUCAACCCGACCUCCUUUGCAGUGGUCGUACCCUUUGACCUCACUUGCUUUCCAUCAUCCGUACAUAUUAGGAGUUAGCAAUGAAAUCAUCAUGAUUCAUAGUAUUGUAGAUCAGCAGCAAAAGCAGGCUAUUCCAUUUGUUGGUGGACAGAUAAUUGGAAAUUAUGAUGGACAUAUAUAUGUUUGCUCUCCGAAUGAGUUGAAUGCAUUGGUGCCUAUUCCAUGGGAGAAACAGGUUGAAGUGCUAUUGUUGGAUGAACACGUGGAGGAAGCUCUUGCUCUCCUUGAGAAAAUGGGUCCUCACAACCGCUCGGUGGGUCAUGUCGAUCCUCUGAAGAGGCGAUUCAAGCAGCAAGCAGCUUUCAUUUAUUUUGCUCGUUCUGAGCUUGAGGUUGCCUUGGACCUAUUUUUGGACUCAGAAGUUGAUGAAAGGGAACUGAUAUCUCUCUUCCCUGGCCUACUACCUUCAUCAACCUCUUUUGUGCGUGCAGUCCCACCUCUCCACAGUAUUGCUGACAUUUCUCAACUUUAUCACGGUGAUGGGGGGAAAAUUCAGGAGGCUAAACAAUUUCUGCUUCAUUUCUUGCAAAUGGCCCAUGAUUCUAGGAAGAGUUUGUUCCCAUUGGAAAUUGAUACGGCUUUGGUAAAAUUGUACGCUGAGCUUGGUCAGAAUAAAGAACUGGAAGCGUUAUUGGAAUCCAACCGUUUCAAGGGUGACUUUCAAUGCUGCAACUCAUGGCUAAAAUCAAAAUCUCUUCACCAUGCUAGAGCUUUACUUAUGCUGCAAAAUGGGAAACAAUCAGAGGCUCUAUCCCUUUGGUGCCAAUUGAUAUCAGGAGAAGUAUUGGACUCCAAUUUCAAAGGAGUGAGCUAUUUUGCACAGAUUUUGAAAAAUAUGGGCAAUCCAGAUCUUCUGUGGCAGUAUGCAGAUUUGGUUUUGGACUCCAAUGAAGAAGAAGGGGUUGAAUUAUUUUUGCAGGAUGCCAAUGAUCAUUCAAAAGGUCCUGUUUCCAUGAAUCUGGAUCCCAACACUGUAGCUAACUACCUUCAACGUUAUCCAAACUCACUUAUUUUGUACCUAGAACAUCUGAUCAAUGAUGGGGGAAAUGAAGAAGAAAAGUUCCACACGCAGUUGGCUGUUCAGUAUGUUGACCGGAUAUCAAAGCUGAAGACUUCCGGGAUUGACAAUCAAAGAGAAUUGGAUGAAAAUAUAUUGAGGCUCAGGAAAUUUCUAAUUGGAUCAUCCCAAUACCGAGCUCAGUUUCUACUACCAAAAGUUCGAGAUCUAGGUUUGGAUCAAGAGGUUGCUCUCCUGUAUGGAAAAAUGGGUGACCACGACAAGGCUCUGAGCAUACUAGUCAGACAACUGAGGGACUUCAAAGCCGCCGAAGAAUACUGUCUUAUCAAUGGUGGCAAGAACAGCAAUGCUCCUAAUUUAUUAUUGAACACUCUUCUCGCAAUAUAUCUUGAUCCAAAGCUCAGUGGAGUUCAGGGAGAUGAUUACCUUGAACCAGCUCUUGAAUUACUAAAUAAACAUGCAUCUCAAUUGGACCCCAUUAAAGCAAUUGAGAUAAUACCUGAUCAGUGGUCAGUUAGUAUCUUGGAAUCCUUCUUACAAGGUGCUCUCCGGUCAUCGAUGACCAAGUUUCGAAUCAACAAAAUGGAAAAAUCUUUGGCCAAAGCAGACAGUAUUCAAAAGACAGUUUCUUUAUAUGAUUUAGAAAGACAUUCCCUUAAGUUGAUGGAUUCAAAUUAUUGCUGUGUCUGCAAGAAGCCUUUUACUGAUAUGAAGUUUGCACGGUACCCAAAUGACGUAGUGACACAUGUUGAAUGCGGGCGUUUAGCCAAUGUGUGUCCUUUAACUGGAAGGUGUUUCUCUUUACUAAAUGAUACUCAAUCAAGAAGGUGAUUCCAUCUGCUCGUCAUUCCUCCAGUUACAAGUUUAAGGUUUUUGUUUUCGACAUAUUAUUUUGUAAACAAAUAUUUGAGUGUUGAGCCUAUUGUCACAAGGUGGCACUGUGAUCAUCUAGUCUUUGUUUAAUCGGUUAUCGUUUAUAAUUAUUAUUGUAGAAUAUGUUAUCUGCCUCACUAUUUAAGAAUACAGCUUUUACAGCAUUAGAGAA